UACAUUUAAUAUAAUUUUUUUCUAUUAUUAAAAUUGGUUUGUGUGAGUUAAUGACAAAAUGACAAAAGAGUGGUACUCGUUACUGUUGGCCCUAUAUUUUUUGUGGCAGGUCUCAGACUCUGUUCAAGAAUGUCAAAUUCCUGCAGUCGUAAGGGGUUCGUGGUUUUCAUGGGAAAAUGGUAGAAAUACUUUAACACAUAUAAAUGCUGAAACAAUGACCAACCGUGGUUAUUGUGUAAAUGUGCUAGAAGAAUAUCAUGUCAAUUACACAUUUGUAUUUCGGAAUGAGGAAUGUUAUCACUGCGUUAAAUUGAUUGUUAGAACAGUGAAUGUGUUAGAUAAACACGAAGUGAGUUGUGUAAAUUUACCGAACGGUGUUGAACCCACAGUGGAGAAUGUAUGCAAAGGUUUACGACCUAAUCAACAGUUAAUAACAUUAUUCUCAGAAAAUUAUGUACCUGUGAAUUGUAGAUCGUCCCUUGAAGGUGUUUGGCAAUUUGCUUAUCAGAAUCGAUUCAGGUUUAGGGGAGAGUGUAAUCAUCCAGAUGCACAAAUUCGAUCGUGUCAAACUGCAGGAACACAAUUUUUAAUAACUAAUCAGAAAUUUAAUAUAACUUAUAAACAGUGUUCUGGUAUGAAGGAAACUUUUGAUGGAGUGGUUGAAUAUAGCUGUCUGGGAGAUUGGUUUGUAGAUAAAAAUCACUUUUUCGCUGUCGCGAAUACAAAAGAGUCUAGAAAAGAUGAAAAAUAUAGAUGUUUCUUAAAGAAUCGGGAUGAUGACCUUUAUAUCGGAGUAUCUAUUACUGCAGAAUGUAACACAUUAAAAACCGUUGAAAAAAGUCCAGAGCGUUUGAGAGUAACGCCUGUUAAAGCUGAAGUGGUAGAACCAGGAUGUAGAUUACCAGAAGAUAUGAGUGGGCAGUGGAUAAAUACAGCUAAUAUUGAUGCAGAUAUUUUCAUUAACGAAACGCACAUAAUUGAAACAUGGUAUCCAGAUGAGGGUCGUUAUAGACGUACAAUUUACGUAUGUCGCGAAUCGAGAGAUACCAGGGUGAUGAUGGCAAGGUUAACUGUUGACGGAUGCCAGAAAGAUUAUGUUUGCUUCGACUUCGUGCGUCGACAUCAUAAUAUCAUUAGAUAUCGACGUGGUAUUGCGGUUAUUAAAGAUGAUUUCCAUACCGUUUGUUCUUGGGUACAGUUCCCUAACAAAGAGGAUUGGAAAUACGACUUAUUCUUGGCAAAGGAUCCUGUACCAGUACGUUGUCCUGUGGCUGGCAAAUACAUGUUCACUCAAAAAGGAGACGUCUUGUUUGAAACUAGAAUUUUAGGCGGCGUUACGUUAUCUCCCCGUCCAAAUAUCUAUUGCAAACAAAAUAUUUCAGAUUUGUCUGUAUGCGAUACCGACCAAAAAGAAAUCGCUAUCGACGAGACAUAUUGUUUGUCGGUAGACCAUUUGGGAAGACCUGUAGAUAUUUACAGUUUGCCCGAUUAUAAAAUGAAAUGUAUUGGAUUUUGGAAGGAGAAUUUAAAGUCAUAUUUGAUAACUUACGACGAGCUGGAUCCUUUCAGUAAAUAUCGUUGUUGGGUCUAUCAAAGGGCCGAUUUGAAUAAAGUCCUUAUGUCUCAAGCAAUCGGGCCAUUCUGUGAUCUUAAGCAAGACGUUACGAGUAGUAAUUAUACCGAAGGUGCUGCGGUCGCAUUGGAAUUAGAGGAAUAUGAAAGAGAACGUGACCAAUGUCCAAUGUAUUUCGAUGAUGGAAGCAAUCCUUGGGUAAUAACGGAGAAUUACAUAAAAAUAUUCCAUUACGGUAAUGGAGCUACAAAACUUUUAUAUUCGUAUCCGUCCGUUUUAAUGUCUAGCUUAAUUUUGUUAAUCAGAUCUGAAUUUUAGUCAAUUACUUUACGUCUAUUUCGUGUAUAUAUACUUUCUUAGAUAUG